AUGACCAAACCAAAGGUGCUCUUCAUUGGUGACUUGAACAAAGACUUGCCUGAGUACGCCCAGUUCAUCAAGAAAGUCGAGCCUGUCUUCUAUGAGUUGCCAGACACCAAGGAGCAGUUGAUCCACGACUUCAGAACGAAGCUCAACGACAUUCAGGCGAUUUACGGCGCAUGGUUAGGGUUCGUGCUUCUCGGGGGUUUUACAGGUGAGAUAUUGGAGGCAGCGCCCAAAUCGUUGCGUGUGGUAUCCAUUUGCUCGGUGGGACAUGAACCAUACAAUGGAGCAGAGAUGGCCAAGAAGAACAUCAUCUUGACCAAUGUUCCCUCAGACGGUGCUGCAAAGCCUGUGGCCGAGUUGGUCCUCUACUAUACGUUGUCUGCGUUCAGAAACUUCCCAUGCUACUUUAGCUCCUUCUCGCCUAGCGUGAACCAUACUGUCAAGACGAGAUCGCUUCUUGACUCCAAUAAGUUCGACUGCGCCAAGGGUAGGUGUCAGCUCGAAGACCACAAUGGCUACUCCUUUGGCCACUACAUGGGUGGGAGACCAUGCUUGAGUCCCAACGGCCACAAUGCCGUGAUCGUAGGGUUCGGCAACAUUGGCCAGACAAUUGCCCGGUACUUGUCGAAUGUGGGGAUGAACAUUCAUUAUGUCAAGAGACGGCCCCUUUCCGAGAAGGAGGAGAGCCAGCUCGGGUUUCCUGUUCAAUACCACAAGACUCUUCUCGAUGCCAGAGACGUCGCUGACCUCAUUGUCAUUGCAUGCCCUGGCACUCCAGAGACAUACCAUAUGGUGGAUGCCAACGUGAUCAACUCCAUGUCGAAGCCUUUUAGAAUCAUCAACAUUGGCAGGGGCCCCGUUAUCGACGAGCAGGCGUUGGUGGAUGGACUCAAGAGUGGGAAGGUGCUCUUUGCUGGGCUCGAUGUGUUUGAGAAAGAGCCUGCUGUGCACCCCGAGCUUUACAACCGCCAAGACGUGGUGUUAACUCCCCACAUUGGUGCCUCAACCAAGGAGAACUUCGACUACACUGCCAUUAUGGCAAUGAAAAACAUAGAGAACGUUUUGUUGGAAGGUGGAGAGGGAAUCAGCAGGGUGAACUGA